AUGACGUUCUGGAAUUCUAUGUUUUCCAAAUCUCAAGCUGUGCUAAGCGCAAUUAGAAAAGUACCAACGAUGAAAAUAUUUGAAAAGAACAUUUUGCCGGACAAAAAGUUGGAGGCAAACUUGAGAACCACGAAAGAUAAGUACUUUCCUCCGUACGGUUAUAUGUCUGGAAAAAUGAAAAGCAUGACUACAUCGAAGGAUGUCAUGUUUAAAGUGGCGGAUUUUUUGAAAGUCAAAGGAGGUAUGGGUGCAGCAAUCGAAAAUCACGGUCCAGGAGUAGAUAAUAUAUCACGCACAGAACUGUUCCCAGUAGCAAAACUAUGUACGAGUGCUGUGGCCACCACUCAAACCCCUGAAACCAAACCGGCAGUUGCUGUCAUUAACGAAUCAAUUAUUGUGCCGGGGUUUCCAAAACCUAAUGGCCAACCUCAGCCGAAUCCGUUCGACGGUCCUGAACGUGAUCUAGUUAAUUUUCCUAGAAUGGUGAGGUUAGAUGAUCCACCUAAAACUAGAUAUUUGUUCGUGCCUGAAAAAUGGUUUGAAGUAUUUUACGAAAAGACUGGAGUCACAGGUCCAUAUGUACUUGCUGCUGGUAUUACAACUUUUGUAUUAAGUAAAGAAAUAUGGGUAGUUGACCAUGAGUUCCCCUAUGUAUUGGCUACAAUCGGUUUGUUUUACGUUGGUUGGAAAAAAUUCGCAGUAUCUUUAGCUGAUUCCCUUGACAAAGAAAUUCGUGAAUACGAAGAGUCUUGUAAUGCUGGUCGAAAAGGUGAAAUCGACAGUUUAAAAGAAACCGUUGAAAACCAAAAAAUAGAAAAAAAUAGAACUGAAGCUGAAAAACACGUAAUACAAGCAAAACGGGAGAAUGUAGCUAUUCAGUUGGAAGCUGUUUAUCGUGAACGAGCCGUUCAAGCCUACAAAGAGGUAAAAAGACGUUUGGAUUAUCAUGUGGCUUUGGCUGACCUGACACACACGGUACAACAUAAAACUAUGGUCAACUGGAUCGUUGAAAAUGUUCUGAAGUCUGUAGCGGAUGAACAGGAAAAGACAAUUUUUAAAAAAUGCAUGUUAGAUCUGCAAGCAUUAGCUGCGAAAGCAUAA